AUGGCCUCCGUCCUUGCUGUCCGUAGCGAGGUGACAGGCAAGCGCCCCAUCAAGCUGACCCCGAAGAUGCAGGGAGCUGGGGGUCUUGAUACCCGACUGAGUGGCGGUGUCAAGAGGCGCAACACUGUUGGCGGCCGACUGAUCCCGAAAGUGCGCAAGGAUGGCGCUUCUGAGCACGUAGAUGACAACGAUGAUGUCGACGACGUUGCGGGCAACACCGGCAUUGACAACGCCUCUACUGCCGCAGCUGACCCGUCUAGCGGUGCUUGUGAUGCCGCUCCCUUGGGGGUCCAAGUCCAUGUUGACGACUUCAGUGAUGAGGAGCAUGAUGAGGAAGAGGAACGCACGAAGCUGCAGACGGAAAAGCAAGGGGACGGGCGACAGGACACGCUGAACAACAUCACCGAGCGUGAUGGGGCGUCGCUUCCCUCUCAAAGUCCUGCUGGGAGCCCAUUGGAGGGUGUUGUCGCGGCAUCUGUCCAGGUUGCUAACGGGCGGCUUGCUGAGUUGGAGCGAACCACACAGCAGCAGUCACUGCUGAUUUCGUCGCUUUUGUUGAAACUUAACAAUGGGUCUUGCUCCCUGGAGAGGGGUGCGGUGGGUCCUGCCUCGGGGUCUCCAAGCACCAAUGGAACGCCGCGAUCAGCACCAACGUCGCAGCGAGCUGAUGUCGCUACACCCGAACGCGAAAUGCUGCAGCGCGCGACGUCCAACCGUGCUUCCCCUGCUGUGCCGCGGAAGCGGAAGUAUCCAACGAUGAAGAACAACGGUAACGUGUGCGACGUACUCCUGCACACGUCACUCAGUGGUAUCCCGUUGAGGGACCAGAUCCUCAUGCGCCAGUUGCCUGCCUAUGGCAAGGCAUGGAACUCGACCUGUUCUUCUCGCAUGCUGAUUUGCCACGUUUCCAAGUUUCCAGAUCUGCCUAUUCUUUUCCGCAUUCCCACGUACCAGAAAAAGAUGGAGCUUGCUGUGGUUGUGGCGUUUUCUCGUCAACCGGACGACGUUACGAGCGUGUACCCGUCAGAAAGCGUGGUCAUGCGGUGCCUCAUCGGUGUUUGGGGCGAGAGCAAAGCUGCCGCGCUGGUAGCAGUCAUGACGUACUGCGUGGCGCGGGCAGGCGCUUCAACGCGCAAGCAGAGUGAUUGGCAAAAGGGAGGGCUUCUUCGCUGGCACUUUGCUGAAGACACGAUGCGCCCGUUUGGCACUGCGCUCUUCGACAUCAUCGUCCGCAACGCAUUUCAGAAGGGCGCUGGCGGGUCGGCUGCGGUGGUGAAGGCGUACCACAUCGCCUAUCUGCUGUAUCUGGUUGAAUAUUCAGAGGUGCACCACAAGGCUCAUGGCAAACGCAUUCCUACGGAUGCGGAUGUGAAUGCAGCUGACAUUGCCAGCUACCACCGCAAGGUGAAGGCGGUCAUUCGCAAGACCCUCGAAGAGUCCCCGGAUGACCAGCUUCCUGCAUGCGGCUUCCCCGACCUCGUUCCCGAUGGGGCUGACCCCGAUGCCGCCGAGAAGAAGGCGGUUGCUCUUCUGUUCGAGUAUGCCCAGGUGGAGCCCGAGAAAGGCAAGAAGAAGACGGGUUCCAACACCAGUGAUGCCACCAUGGAGCGAGAUCUCCUGGAUGAUGUGGGUGGGUGGGAGGAUGCGGAGGAUAGUGUGUAG